CUUCUUCUUCUUCGCGAUGCUUUUUUCAAUUCAUUUCUUCUGAAAACUCUUAAUUUGACUUCUCACCCACCUUCGAUUUUCUCCAAAUUUAAUUUUUAAAAUUGCGUAGCUAAUAGCAACUCAUCAUCGACUUGUUUUUCAAUCAACCCAAUUAGGUAAAUUAUCUGAACCAACAGCUCAAAUUUCAUGUAAAGAUAGCAUCUUUUCUCCGUUACAAUUACGGUGUGAUUGAUCUCCGUUAUUCAUUAUCGAAUUGGGGUAAAGACAAAGAAAACCCCGUUUGGUAAUUUUCCUGAACCACUCCACUGAUUUUUGAUCAGUUGGUUAAUUUUUCAUAAUUCGACAUGAAAAUAAAGCUUAUUCGAGCUUGAAAAGUAAGGCGAUAAUGGCAUUGGAUAUGGGGGGUGGUGGUGGUGAUGAAGCGGAGCGGAUUUCACCGGAGAUGUUAAAGAACACGCCGUCGAAUAUACGAAAAUUGGCCGAUGAGAUCGAGCAGUUUGAGGGCAGACAGAAGUACCUUGCCCGAACGAGGAGCCCCUCGGAUGGUGGCGAUGUUCGGUGGUACUUCUGCAAGGUUCCUUUGUCAGUAAAUGAGCUAGCAGCAUCGGUGCCCAAGACAGAAAUAGUUGGCAAAGGUGAUUAUUUUCGAUUCGGUAUGAGGGAUUCUCUGGCAAUUGAGGCAUCUUUCUUGCAGAGAGAGGAUGAGUUGCUCUCUAGUUGGUGGAAAGAGUACGCAGAGUGCAGUGACGGUCCUAAAGGGCAGCCUAGUAUUACUUCCAGGUCGAGCGAGCAAUUCUCUUCAGUGGGUCCCGAAUCCUACGAGCUAUUCACUACUGAAGAAGAGAGAGUUGGUGUACCUGUAAAGGGUGGGUUGUACGAGGUAGAUUUGGUGAACAGACAUUGUUUUCCCGUUUACUGGAACGGAGAGAAUCGACGUGUGUUACGAGGUCAUUGGUUUGCUCGUAAAGGUGGUCUCGAUUGGCUUCCACUGCGUGAGGAUGUUUCCGAGCAGUUGGAGUAUGCCUACCGAAGUCAGGUUUGGCAUCGACGGACCUUUCAACCGUCAGGUCUCUUUGCCGCUCGAGUUGAUUUACAAGGCUCAAUCUCAUUGCAGGGAUUGCAUGCCCUUUUCACAGGGGAAGACGAUACGUGGGAAGCUUGGCUAAGUGUUGAUGCUUCCGGGGUUUAUAGUGUUAUAUCCCUUCGAAGGAAUGGCAUUAAAUUAAGGCGCGGUUACGCUUCUUCUCAGUCGCAGAAACCAACACAGGAUGAACAACGGCAGCAGAAGGAGGAGGAGAUGGAUGAUUACUGUUCGCAGGUCCCAGUUCGGCAUUUAGUAUUCAUGGUUCAUGGGAUUGGUCAAAGGUUGGAGAAGUCUAAUUUGGUCGAUGAUGUUGGAACUUUUCGCCAUGUCACCGCAACCGUUGCAGAAAGGCACCUCACUUCACACCAACUUGGCACCCAAAGAGUCCUUUACAUUCCUUGCCAGUGGAGGAAGGGAUUGACACUCAGCGGCGAAGCUGCAGUGGAAAAAAUCACACUAGAUGGUGUGCGAGGGCUGCGUACGAUGUUGAGUGCAACAGUACACGAUGUCUUAUACUAUAUGAGCCCUAUCCAUUGUCAGGACAUCAUUGAUUCGGUAAACCCCUAUCUUAUUGCUUUCUUCUUCUUUUUUUUCGUUCAAAUAAAUUAUGGAUGCCUCAUAGUGAUUAAUCUGAUAUUAGUUAUUUCAUUCUCACCAGUCGUUUAUUUUCAGAUUGAUCUGCUAAAAGCUAGAAUCAAAGAAUUUGAAGUUGAAUACGCUGACAAAGUGAAUGCGAGGAAGAGUUCACCGAUAGUAAAUCAAUCUGAUCCAGAGAGUGUUCAACUUGGGACGAGAGAUUCAUUGAAGAAUUAUACCCCACAAAUAAGAUAUACAAAAUUAGAAUUCAAGGUUGACACAUUCUUUGCUGUGGGGUCUCCGCUUGGAGUAUUUCUCUCCCUUCGCAAUGUUCGUCUUGGAAUUGGCAAAGGGAAAGAAUAUUGGGAAGAGGAUAAUAUAAAUGAAGAAAUGCCAGCGUGUCGACAGAUGUUUAACAUAUUUCAUCCUUUUGAUCCUGUGGCAUAUAGAAUAGAACCCCUUGUAUGUAAAGAAUAUAUGCACAUGCGUCCUGUUAUUAUUCCUUACCACCGAGGUGGGAAACGACUCUACGUUGGGUUUCAGGAAUUUAGAGAAGGAUUUGCUUCACGUUCUCAAGCUUUUGUCGAUCACUUGAGCUCAGUAAAGGUUAAAGUGCUCACAAUUUGCGAAUCGAGAUCCAACGAUGAACAAGCUGAAGAAUCCGGAAACACCCAAGAAAGAACUGAGAGAUCAUAUGGUUCAGUUAUGAUAGAGAGAUUAACAGGAACCGAAAAUGGUCGAAUCGAUCAUGUACUACAAGAUAAAACUUUUAGACAUCCGUACUUAUCAGCUAUCGGUUCACAUACAAAUUACUGGAGAGAUUCCGAUACAGCUCUUUUCAUACUGAAGCACUUGUAUAGGGAUAUACCAGACGAACCUAUCUCUUGCAAUGACCAACAAUUAAACGACAGCUCAAAUGAUGAUAAAAGCUUGACGACAAAAUGGUCCGAUCCUAGAGAAAUUGCCGACGAAGAACUUCCUUUGACUUUUGCUGAUAGUGUCUCUAUCAGGAAUUUCUCACAAAGAGCCAAGAAAACGAUGAAGAGCUGAUAACGAAGACAUGAGGGGGUAAAAACGACUUUUUGAACUCCGAAGUGGCUGAAGUUGUGAAUUAAUUGCACAACCACCACAAAAAUUGGCAAAGUGCAGCAUGUGGAGAAAGAAACUGUAUACAGGGAAAGAUUAACUUAGUGUAUAUAUAGUUGUAUAUAGGAAGUAUAGACAUGAAUUCAUGUUAGGCAUUGUCCUGUGAUUUAUGGGGCUUUUAUAUGUGUGUGUGUGUGUGUGUAUAUAUAUAUAUAUUUUUUUUUUUUUUU